GCCCGCGCGGGGCCGGCUCAGACGUGGCACUCGGGCUCGUGAGGGAGCGGGCGCGCGGCCCCAGAUCCUUAAGGAAGACCUGAUAAUUGGAAUGAGAAUAUUGCCAUCAUGAGUCAACAAGGUUAUGUUGCAGCUCCUCCAUAUUCCCAAUCCCAACCAGGAAUAGGAGGUUUUGGAUCACCUAAUUCUUCACUUCAUUAUGGACAUUAUGGGGACCCGAACUCUUCAUACUCAGCACCUCAACCAAGUGUGUCAAAAUCAGCUGUGCCUUUUGGAUCCUCGGCUCCUGUUGGGCCUCCACCACCUGGUGCCCAUCAGUUAAGCCAGACCAAUUUCCAGAAUGGGCCUGGGACACCAGGGCAGCAGCCACACAGGUUUCAAGGCCCUCCACCUCCAGGCAACACAGGAGCUUCCUAUCCUCCCUACAGUCCUCAGUCACAACCAGCCUUCCCAAAUGCCGCACCUGCCUCAUCUACAGCACAACUUGCUGACCAGCUCAACAGCAUGCAGAUAAAUAACUAUGGUCCUGGCACCACUCCGAGCCCUGGGCAUCCGGCAUCUUUCCAGAGUCCACGACUCCCACCACCACCAACCCAGCAGCAAAUGGUUCUGCCACCUGGGCCACAGGUUCCUCCUCCACCAACCAGUAGUGUCAAUGGCCUUUGUGCUCAGCAGUCAUUGCCUCCCAUGGCCAGACAAGGUGGGAUCCCUGGACCUGUCCCUCCAAAUCCUAACCUGCAACAGCUCCCAGGACAACCUCCAGGGCCUGGAUAUCAUCCUCAGCAAGCAAACUAUGGUCCUCAGAUGGCAGGAUCUCAGCUGUCUUAUCCUGGUGCUUUUCCUGGAGGUCCAGGACAGCUCUCAGGCCCACAGCAGAAGAAACUUGAUCCUAACUCUAUUCCAAGCCCAAUCCAAGUAAUUGAAAGUGAUAAAGCUGCCAGGGGAGGGCAGGUCUAUGCUACAAACACCAGAGGACAGGUUCCUCCUCUCGUCACCACUGACUGCGUAAUCCAAGACCAAGGCCACGCCAGCCCUCGUUAUAUCCGCUGUACCACCUACUGCUUCCCGCUGACUUCAGAUAUGGCCAAGCAGACCCGCAUUCCCCUGGCAGCUGUCAUCCAGCCUUUUGCUAAUGUCCCACCAAAUGAGACACCCCUUUAUCUUGUCAACCAUGGGGAGACUGGACCGAUCCGAUGCAACCGGUGCAAAGCUUACAUGUGUCCCUUCAUGCAGUUCAUUGAAGGUGGGAGAAGAUACCAGUGUGGAUUUUGUAACUGUAUAAAUGAUGUCCCUUCAUUCUUCUUUCAACACCUGGACCACAUGGGCCGACGGAUAGACCACUACGAAAGGCCUGAGCUGUCCCUGGGAUCUUAUGAAUAUGUUGCUACUCUGGACUAUUGCAGAGACAAGAAGCCUCCAAAUCCACCAGCUUAUAUCUUCAUGAUUGAUGUAUCCUACAGAAACAUAAAGAGUGGCCUAGUUAAACUCAUAUGUGAUGAACUAAAGACUCUGCUAGAUAAACUUCCAAGAGAAGAACAAGAAGAAUCCUCAGCAAUUCGAGUUGGUUUUGUGACUUAUAACAAGGUCCUCCACUUCUUCAAUGUAAAAAGCAGCUUAGCUCAGCCUCAGAUGAUGGUGGUCACAGAUGUUUCAGAAGUGUUUGUUCCUUUGCUGGAUGGUUUCCUUGUUGACUUCGAGGAAUCACGAUCAGUUAUUACCAACUUGUUGGACCAGAUUCCAGAGUUGUUUGCAGACACCAAUGAGAGUGAGACCAUCUUCGCUCCUGUUAUCCAGGCUGGCAUGGAGGCACUAAAGGCUGCAGAACGUGCUGGGAAAUUGUUUAUCUUCCAUUCUUCAUUGCCAACUGCGGAAGCACCAGGGAAGUUGAAGAACAGAGAUGACAAAAAGCUACUCAAUACAGAUAAGGAAAAGACGCUCUUCCAGCCCCAGGGGAACUGUUAUGAGGCCUUAGCCAGGGAUUGUGUGGCCAAUGGCUGCUGUGUGAAUUUGUUCCUCUUCCCAAAUCAGUACGUGGACGUAGCCUCUGUGGGCCUUGUCACAAUGUACACUGGAGGAACACUGUACAAGUACAACAAUUUCCAGCUCGAUGGCGACAGCCCCCAGUUCCUAAGUGACCUCAGGAGGGAUAUGGAAAAAAAGAUGGGAUUUGAUGCCACGAUGAGGGUUCGGACAAGUACAGGAUUCAGGGCUACGGAAUUCUUGGGAGCCAUUUACAUGAACAACACUACAGAUGUAGAGAUGGCAGCGGUUGAUUGUGACAAGGCAGUGACAGUGGAGUUCAAACAUGAUGACAAACUGAAUGAAGACACUGGAGCCUUGAUUCAGUGUGCUCUCCUUUACACAACGGUGAGCGGGCAGCGGCGCAUCCGCAUCCACAACAUAGGCUUGAACUGCAGCGCCCAGUUGGCUGAUGUCUACAGGACUUGUGAGACUGACGCACUCAUCAACUUCUUUGCUAAGUCAGCUUUUAAAGCCAUUCUGAGCCAACCCCUGAAGACGGUGCGGGACAUCCUCGUGAACCAAACCGCUCACAUGCUGGCCUGCUACAAGAAGAACUGUGCCAGCCCCGCCACUGUCAGCCAGCUGAUCCUGCCGGACACGAUGAAGGUGCUGCCCGUGUACAUGAACUGCCUGUUGAAGAGCUGUGUGCUGGUGGGCAGAGCCGAAAUCCCAACGGAUGAGAGAGCCUUCCACCGCCAGCUGGUCAUGGCCAUGGGGGUGGCUGACACCCAGCUCUUCUUCUACCCCCGCCUGCUGCCCAUUCACAGCCUGGAUCUGAAGAGCGAUGCUGUCCCAGCUGCCGUGCGCUGCUCUGAGGAGCGUCUGUCAGAGGGAGGGGCCUUCCUGCUGGCCAACGGGCUGAGCAUGUUCCUGUGGCUGGGAGCCAGCGUGUCCCCAGAGCUCAUCCAAGGGCUCUUCAACGUGCCGUCCUUCGCACACAUCAGCACCGACGCCACAUCCCUGCCUGACCUGGACAAUCCAUUCUCUAAGAAACUGAAGCAUAUCCUGGAACAACUCCAGAGCCAAAAGCCCUACACUAUGAAGCUGAUUAUAGUGAAGCAACGGGAACAGCCAGAGAUGCUUUUCCGACAGUUCCUAGUAGAAGACAAGAGUAUUUAUGGAGGAGCUUCUUAUGUGGAUUUUCUCGUCUGCAUUCACAAGGAGAUCAGUCAGCUGCUCAGUUAAGGCAACACUUAACAUUUCUCAGUUCCUUUUUCCCUUUGCAGGAGGGACGGACAGUCCCUGGUGCCUUAAGGCUGGCCCACAGCUCCACCAGGCCCAGGCCUUGUGCUGUGCUUUGCUGACCCUCUUCUGUGCUCUCUUUGGACAGUUUCAUUGGCCCCACCUCUCCCCGAGUACUUCGCUUACUUACUAAGCUGUAGAAUAGGAGGUUCUGCACUCAGGUAUAAAUCUUCUGGGAGUCCUGACUCUUUCUCUACAUCAAUUGUCAGAUUUCAGACUGUCAGUGCUUAAGAGCAUAUAUGGUACGCGUUUCUUAAAAUACAAUUUAGAAAACUCUUAAUUAUUCCUUUUACUAGACACAAGUUGUACAAGAGCUGGCAGAGAUGCUCAGAAUCUAUACAGAAGUGGAAAAAAUACAAAACACUUCUAAGUGAGGAUGUACAGUUGAAUCAGAUUGGAAUUAAACACAUAAUUCAGUUUGAAGGAUUUCAGAGUCCUUCCUGGGAAGCGAAUCCUUUUUUUCCUGGAAGGGACAAGUGCUACUUUCUACAGAAACAGAGCUCUGGGGACCCUUCUAUGGCUGGGGUUAUCCAGGACACAAAUGCCUCAGUUUUCUAACUGGACUUGAGAAAGCGCAACAACAAUGGGGACCACAGAAGAACAGUAAUCCAACAAUCCUUUUGCCAUGUUUGGCAGAUAAUGCCUCCUCUUAGGGGCAGCAGUUAGCUUUUUAAAAUUGCACAGGUUAGGUUUUAUUUAGAACAUUUGUUAACUGGAAUAUUCCCAAUACAACUCAGAAAAAUCUGUCCCUCAAAAUUUCAGUGGCAGGUCAACUGUGAGGCAGUUGACACAUUAACCAAAGGUUAUUUGUGGUGCUAUAAAGCCUCAAGUUUAAUACCAGUUCUAUUGCAGUGAUCUCCUCUCACAUGACUGAUUUAUUCAGUGGUCACUGCUUUGAAAAACAAGCCUCUGCUAAUACCAAUAUUGAAGGUAGAAUUUAGAAAGCCAGAGCCUUUGGAACAGCUGUUUACCUCAGAUACUUCAUCAGUGUGUCUGUCUCUGUAGGACCAGUGCCUCUGUGGGAGAGGUCUGAACUUUUCCAAACUUGAAAAGCUAUUAUUAAAACAAUUAGUGUUUCAAAGAAAGCCAAAAAGUCUCAAAAGUAAGGCUAAGCCUCAGUAAAGAAAAAAGUGCCUUUAAACAUGUUAGUGUUGCUACUUAGUAUUAAUUAUUUAAUAUCCAUGAUUGAUAAGCAGUCAAAAUGUGUAACUUUUUGGUUCAACAGCUUAUCUAUACAGUCCUGUAUGUGUCAUUGACCAAGAGCUCUUAAAAUAAGUGGCUGUAUUACAAAAGGAUUCUCAGCCUGAAUUCAGCUGCCAAGACAAGCACUUUUUAGCUGUAGACAUUACCCUGUAAAAAGUAUUUGUUGCCAUUCCAUUUGUAAAAUGACACCAGCAACUCUUUGUGUAAAGAAAUAAGCAAUUAUUAAAUAUAA